AUGAGCCACCAACAAACCGCUUCAAGCACCACUACCACCACAACCACAGUCACCGUCCCUCCGCCGGAACCCGAGGAGAAUCUCGUGCUCCAUCUGACCUCCGGAGACCGCCCCGCCGAACGCCGUCACGUCGUCUGGGCGACCGAAACCGUCGACAAUGAGGGAAUGGGCAAGAAGAAGAGCAAGUGCUGUUGUAUCUACAAGAAGCCCAAAAAUUGGCAAGACUCAAGCUCCGACUCGGAUUCCGAUUGCGAAACAGGUCAUUGUAAAGGCCACGUGGAACAGAAGAAGGAAGGAGGAGGCGGAGGAGAGCCGCCGAAGUGUACCUAA